AAAUAGAUGGCUUAUAACGGGCCUUUGCAUAAUGGGGCCUGGGGUUGUAGCCCCCCUUAGACUCUUCUCUUUAUGCGGCACAGCCUACAAUAUUUACUCCAUAAUAUGAUCGGGAGUCAAUCAAGCCUUUUAAAACGAAAUUGCAUUUUGUUCUAAAUUAAAAUAUAACCCACCAAGGGGAAUAAAGUGACCCGGUCAGCGCGCAUGCACCACUGGUGGGGCAAGCCACGCACGCAACACGUAAGCUCGUGCAACCCGGCUGUAAAUCGAUCGUCUUCUCACUUGUUUCAAGAGAGUAGUGCGUAGUACAUUUUCGAAAAACUUUAUCCAAGAGUCAUUGACAGAAGAAUAUCAUAAACUAAAAGAAUAUAAUAAUGACUAAACGUUUAGAAACCGUAGCCACAAUGGCUUGCAUGAAGACAUUGCUGAUGCUGUUCAAUUGUGUCUUUUGGGUCUUUGGUAUUCUGAUGCUGUGUAUUGGUAUUUGGAUGCGAAUAGAACUUCGCGACUACGUUGAUGUAAGCGCAGAAAGUGGAAGGGCAGCUUUACUGGCGUUAGCAUGUUUAGGGGCGAUUUUAACCCUAACAGCAACACUUGCCUGUUGCUGCACAACCCAUGGUCACCCAGCUCUUUUGUACCUGUAUGGCGCAUUUUUAGCUGUCGUUACAUUAUUGGAGCUUGGAGCUGGUGCAUCAAUCUAUGCUUAUCGUACCAAUUUAAAUGAUCAGUUUGGUCAAGAUUUCAACGAUACCAUGGCUGUAUAUGGACAAAAUGAAAGGAAAACUGCUGACAUCGAUACUAUACAAUCUACUCUUCAAUGCUGUGGUAAUAGGGACUACACCGAUUGGUUAAAAAUGGUUCCACCAAAGGAAAUUCCACGAUCUUGUUGCAAAGUGCCAACUGAACAGUGUAAAACUUACGAUCCGAAUCAAUUUUAUACUCAGGGAUGCUAUACCCGUGUGCUUGACUUCAUAAAUAGCAACAUAGGUCUGGUUGCUGGUAUAGCAAUCGGCGUGGCUUUCUACCCUUUGGUUGGCGUUUUCCUAGCAUGUUGCUUAGCCAGCAACAUCAACAAAGUAAAAUACGAGCAGGUUGCUUAGAAUUUACGCUCACAGAACAACUCGCUGUACCAGUAAAGAGACAAUCCUUCAUUUGAUUAUUAACAACUUUUACAAAUUUCAUUGCAAAAAUUCAUUUCAUGAUCUUUUGUUUUUAUGCACAAAAUAAAGAAUAGUAAGCUACUAUUAUUCGUUAUAUAUAAUCUUUUAUUAUUUGAUAAAUACUUUUUUUUCUAAUCUUUUUAAUAAUUUGUGUGUAGCAGAAUUCUAAUGAAUAUUAUAAUCAUUAGAAUUAUCAUUAUCAUUCAUGUAUUAUUUAAGUCAUUUUAUUAUUAAAUAUAUGUUAAUAUUAUAUCGUUACAAACAUUUAUACAAGACACAAUUGCUAUCUACAUGUGAUUGCAUUAGGAAAUGAUAAAUGCAUUAGAAUGAUAUCCACUAGAUUGAGAGGGUGCAGAGGGUGCAAGUUUGUACAAAGAAUGAAAAUUAUACGAAAAGACAAAUCAGUAAUGUCGAGUAAGUUAUAAUACUUGAUAUGGGAUGCAUUUUCUUUUAACUACUAUACUUCUCUUUUUUAAAUUUUAUUAAAUAAGUUCAUGAAAAUCGCAUGAUUUUGUAUUUUGUUAUCGAGUGCAUAUAUGUAGUCUUACAUUUUUAUCUUUUAUAAUAUUAGAGACAUAUCUUUUUCUAAGUUCAAAAAUAUUAAAAACGCACAACAGGA